CCGUGGAUAGGGCUGCCCACCGCUCUGGGUGAGUGUGCCCCCUAGGGUAUUCGCUAGUGUGUAUGUGGUGUUUCACUUCAUGGAUGGUUAAAUGUGGAGGUGGAAUUUCCCCAUUUGUGGGAUUAAAAAAGUAUCACUUAACUUCUUGUGACUUUUCCGGUUUUGACUGUUUUGCUGUUUUGACUUUCACCCUUUUUGCCUUUGCCCUUUGGACCUUUGGUUUGCUAGGUUAUGUAUUUUGCCAUUUUUGGAUCACGACUCUCAAGUUAAAGCCUCACAUUCUCAUUCAUUUUUUUUGCUAUUUCUACUAAUUGUCUUUAAAACUGUAUUUUGCAAGUAAGAGAAAACUAUGAGGCUCCCACAUUAAACAGGUUAUGUGACCUCCACACAAUGACUUACACAACAUUCAUUUGAGAUAAUCCAGCUAGGUUGUGGGUACAGACAGACAUUGUUGUUCAGAUUUCCUUACAGUAUUUGACAUGUAAUGUAUGAGGUUAAGAACAAACGGCAAGACUACGAGAGCAGGAGCUGCGCUGCAUUCUCACCUUCAUCACACACAGGAAGGCCGUUUUAACACACUGUCACUUCCUUGACUUGAACCAACAGUCAUUACAAUAAACCACCCUAAGAAGUGCAGCUGUGCAAUAGAGUUCCUACUAACAAACACAGUGAUUUGUGUUUUGGUGAGUUUCAGUAGAUUAGAAUGUCUCAGGAUGUUUAUGAUGUGAUUGACACUGAGGAGCUGCAAAGAGGGGAUAAGGUGGAGAUGGUGGUGGCGAUCUAUGAAACUUUAGGUGCGGUUAGAAACCAUGAGCCUGACACAGAGACGGAGGACAUCGGCACCAGGAGGACCCUAAAAAUACAACAUCCAGAGACUAAUACUGGAGGAAGGAUAUGGUACAGACUGGCUGCAGUGUGUCUGGGGCUGCUGUCUGUUCUCCUGCUGGCUGCCUUCACAGUGCCGUGGGUCAAGUUCAUCACAGAGAGAGACCAGUUACAGACUAGUUACACCAACUUGACUAUAGAGAGAGACCAGUUACAGACCAGAUUAAUCAACCUGACUACAGAGAGAGACCAGUUAAAGACCAGUUUAAUCUACCUGACUACAGAGAGAGGCCAGAUACAGACCAGCCUGGCUACAGAAAGAGACAGAUUCCAGAGGUGGCUUUCCGAACUUGUGCGAGAACUUAAUAAACCAGGAUGGAUCUACUUCAGCUCCAGUAUUUACUACAUCUCCACUGAAAAGAAGAGCUGGUAUGGAAGCAGGCAGGAGUGCAGAAAGACAGGGGCAGACCUGGUGACCAUACACAACAAAGAGGAACAGGACUUUAUUGAAAUGUUGAGAAGAGGUCAGAAAGUUUGGAUCGGUCUGACUGACAGAGAAACCGAGGGCAUCUGGAAAUGGGUGGACGGUUCAGGACUGACCACUAGGUUUUGGGGACAUGGAGAUCCCACUGGUUAUGGAGACUGUGUUGUAACUGGCCAUUGGUCUGAUCCUGUAAACAACUGGGCUGAUUAUACAUGUAACUACCAGUUUGUUUGGAUGUGUAAGAAAACAAUAUUUAGCUGAAUUACGGUAUUUGAGUGAAUGGCAAAAUGUUUUUAGAUGCACCUCCUGAAUUUAUUCAUUUCCAUUCAAAACCUGAACUUAAGUUAUUCAUUUUCUAAAACGUCAGAGCUUCCACAGCUCAGUUCAAAAAAAGAGUAACAAUAUUCAAAAACAAUGGACUGGCCACCCCAGAGUCCAGACUUCAAUAUAAUACAUUGUAGUUUUAUGUGUUACUCCAUAUAUUUCAACUCUCUCCCUGAGGAAGUCCAAUAUUACUUGUAGUUAUCGUCCAAAACUUGGUUUCAAUGUUAAAUCAUUCAUUUUUAUGAAAUCUGGUGGUGGACUUGAAGAAUUCAAUGUGAUGGUUGGAGGACUGAGGAGAAGUCAGGAACCACACCUGUGUUUUUGUGACUAGUUAACAAAAUAUAAACUACUCUGAAGUUAAAACUGGACACUUCUGAUUUAAUGUCUAGUACAUUUGUAGUUGAAGUCACCCAUACAAAUGUAUAUCUAGCGCUUAGGCAUUAGUCUGCAUCCAAAUAACCAACCAAAUAAACAACUAGCCACAUGUUUUGGUUGCUGGUAAAUGGACGCUAUAGGUUAGCUCAUAUGAUUUAAGACUAAAUGUGUUGCUGUGUUUGCAAAUAUGUCUGUUCAGUACUGUAUUUGCUGCUUAAAUUAUCUUUUGUAUCCAAACAAAUGUAUUUUGUUUUGUAU